AUGCCCCGUCUUGCUGCUCGGUCCGAGCCUGAUUCUGACAAGCCAUGGUCUCCACCACCAUAUCUGCAAGAUGCAAGCUAUGCUCAGCUCAGCGAUGUUCUGCAAUUGAAGGAAUACAAUCGUAUUAGGGACGCGGCCAAGAAUGCACCCAAGGUCAUUCGCGGAUACACUCUCGUCUUUGAGAUGCCAAAGGCGUCCCACUGGGACUCACUGAGCCCGGAACAGAAGUUCAAAGAGAAGAGAGGCAAAUACGGAGACCUUUGCUUUGUCUUUGAAGAAGACCCAGUAUCCGUCCGCAACCGAAUCGGCAGAAUCCGCGUCGGCAAGGGUCACUACUACACCUCUUUCGAGGCAUGGGACGCCGAGAAUUUUGAAGUUCAAUUCUAUGCAACCAUGAAUCUGCUCGAGCACGGCUUGGGUAUGGAACUGGGUGAUUUCCUAAAAUUACACGAGUCUCUUGGUCAGAGUGUAGCGCAUGAGUACUCGUUGGAAGACAAAGUGGAAAACACAGUCUCUGGACAGCCAAAGAAAAGAAAGGCAGACUCUGGCCUGGAGCCGGCCGAACGACGAACCAAGGCUCGGAUUGAAGAACAAAGAGAAUGCACUCCUGAAGGUCAUAUUGAGGAUUCUGAGGUUCUUGACAGACAGCAAAUUCAUCCAGACCAUAUUGCCGAUCUUCCUGAUCUUGUCUGUCAGCAACAUCGUCAAGUCCAUGUUGUCACCCCUCCAGCUCUGGUCAGUCAGCAGUCUCCUCAACUCCAUAGCAAGACACCUCAAGUUCUCGUCAAGCAGCCUCCUAUGCUCCCUCUGGCCUCUCAAGAGCAUCCCCCCGCAAAACCUUUCACGACCAUCCUCAGAACUCCUUUCGGUGCCCGCCUACAGCGUGAGGCUGCGCUGCCUCCCGAUUCCGAGGUCUUGAGACGCCGGAAGAAGAUGUGUGCUGUCUACGGUCAAGGAUUAAUGGAUGCCCACCAACUCGACCAAAGGCACAUAGAGAACUUCAAUCGGCGGAUGCAUCAUGUUGUUCGAUCAGUCUACUCGCUUUCACAACAGCGCUGUGACCGCGAUGGGAACAAGUACGACGCCUCAAAACUUGCGAUGUACUUGUGUGAACAGCUCAACCUUGAUUUGGAUCGUCUCCCUAUCUAUGCUGAGAGAAAAGCCAAAAUCGCCCACGAUUGGACGAACAUCUACAUAAUAUUUAUCACGGAGGCAAUAAUCUCUUUUCACCAGCAACUGGCCCAGCAAGGAAGACCGCUGGAAACAAGACAGAGAGCCAGGACCGAGGCCGUGAACGAUUUGUCAGAGAGGGCCUCGAAGCCAUUUCUCAGUGCCCUGCAGUCCCUUGCGACGAAGGUGAUGGCCAACGAAGUCUUCUGA